AUUCAUUGUUCUGCUUGCUUGCCUGAAGUCUGCAGCUGAAAUCGUGUUAAGGAGUUGCUUCUGGAACAGCUACAAGAAACCAAUGUCUGUGUGUUUUCCAGCAAACGAAUACGUAACACUUUAUAUCCAGGAAUACAAGAAAGACAGCAAAGUGGAGUCAAGUACAUGCAGCAGCUUCAUGGGCUUGAAGGAUCAUCUAGGGCAUGACUUAGGCCACCUUUAUGUGGCGAGCACUGGCACUCAAAUAAAUGCAAUUGUACCUUGGUCAAUGGCGGAGAAGCCAGCGAUGGAUAAGGUUAAUUCUAGGAAAGAUGAUGUAGAUAAGGAGGCAUCUGAAGAGACUUCUGGAAGCUCCAGCUGUGACUCUGAAGAAAGCACAAAUUCUGAUAAUGAUUCAGAGAGACUGAAUAAUUCUGCAUCAGAAUCACAUUUAUUGCCUAAGACUCACCGUCAGCUGUGCCGAUCUCCUUGCUUAGAGCCUCAUAUACUAAAAAGAAAUGAAAUCUUGCAAGACUUUAGCAUAGAAGAGCCUCAGAUAAUACCUAAGGAAGUCAAAAAGCCUCCUGAUGUGGUGAAAGAAUAUCAAACCAAGCUGGAGUUUGCACUUAAGUUGGGUUACUCUGAAGAGCAGGUUCAACUUGUACUAAAUAAACUUGGUACUGAUGCUUUAAUAAAUGAUAUUUUGGGAGAACUUGUCAAACUUGGAAAUAAAACUGAGACUGAUCAGACUGUAACUAAUGCUAACACUAGUGUAAUGCGUGAAGCGUCUUCCAUAGAGUCUCAGAGGUCAGAGUCUCCCCUGCAGGAGGAUGUGACAGAGGAUGGUGACAGCCUGAGGCCAAUAGUUAUCGAUGGCAGCAAUGUUGCAAUGAGCCACGGGAACAAAGAAGUAUUUUCUUGUCGAGGAAUCAAACUGGCAGUAGACUGGUUUUUGGAAAAAGGCCACAAGGAUGUUACUGUCUUUGUGCCAGCAUGGAGGAAAGAACAGUCGAGACCUGAUGCUCUUAUCACAGAUCAAGAAAUCCUGCGUAAAUUAGAAAAAGAGAAGAUUCUUGUGUUCACACCAUCCCGCCGAGUGCAAGGGAGGAGGGUGGUAUGCUACGAUGACCGAUUUAUAGUGAAGUUGGCCUUUGAGUCAGAUGGCAUUAUUGUUUCUAAUGAUAACUACAGGGAUCUGGCUAAUGAAAAGCCUGAAUGGAAGAAGUUCAUAGAUGAACGCUUACUGAUGUAUUCAUUUGUUAAUGACAAAUUUAUGCCUCCUGAUGAUCCUCUUGGCCGCCAUGGUCCCAGUCUGGAUAAUUUUCUUCGGAAGAAGCCUAUUGUGCCAGAACAUAAGAAGCAACCAUGUCCAUAUGGGAAGAAAUGUACCUAUGGACACAAAUGCAAAUACUAUCAUCCAGAACGAGGAAAUCAGCCUCAGCGAUCUGUAGCUGAUGAACUUCGUGCCAUGUCUAGAAGCACAGCUGCCAAAACUACAAGUGAAGGAGGACUGGUAAAAAGCAAUAGCGUUCCCUGUAGCACGAAAAAUGAUGGCACUUCUGAGCUGAAGCGUGCUGCUCCAAAGAGGCAGUCAGAUCCUAGUAUAAGGACUCAAGUCUAUCAAGACUUGGAGGAAAAGCUUCCCACCAAAAACAAAUUGGAAACCAGGUCUGUACCUUCUUUAGUUAGUAUACCAAGUUCCUCUACUGCAAAACCCCAAAGUACUGCACCUUUAACUAACGGCCUUCCAUCCGGAGUUCACUUCCCAACUCAGGAUCAAAGACCACAGGGACAGUAUCCUACGGUGAUGAUGGGAACCAAAAAUCAUGGAACACCAAUGCCUUAUGACCAGUAUCCAAAAUGUGAGUCUCCUGUAGAUGUAGGUUAUUACUCUAUGCUGAGUGCAUAUUCAAAUCUAAGUAUAUCUGGUCCACGUAGUCCUGAAAGGCGCUUCUCCUUGGACACAGAUUAUAGGAUUAGCUCUGUAGCUUCUGACUGCAGCAGCGAAGGGAGCGUUAGCUGUGGUAGUAGUGAUUCCUACGUGGGUUACAAUGACCGCUCUUACAUGAGUUCGCCUGACCCACAGCUAGAGGAGAACUUGAAGUGCCAACAUAUGCACCCCCAUGGCCGCCUUAACACUCAGCCCUUUCUGCAGAGUUACCACGAGCCUCUCACACGAGUGCAAAGCUAUAGUCAUGAAGAACCAAAGCAUCACUACAAACCUCCGAUUCCAUACAUGGCUGUGCAUCUACAGCAUCCAACAGUCAGCGCUCGUUCUAGCUGUCCGAAUGACUACUCUACGUCUCAGAGUUCAUCACAUUCAAAGACCAUGCAUAUGGGGAGAGCCCUUGUGUCCACGAGAAUAGACAGCAUUUCAGACUCGCGUUUAUAUGAUAAUUCUCCGUUAAGACACAGAAAGCCUUAUUCUGGCCAAGAUGGGCUUGGAAGCUGGGAUAGGCAGAGUUACGGGAUGGAUGCGUACGGCUACCGCCAGACCUACUCCUUGCCAAGUAACCCCACGCAGCCGUGUUACGAGCAGUUUGCCUUCCAAAGCUUACCUGAACAGCAGGACCAGACCUGGCGUGUACCCUACUGUGGAAUCCCUCAAGACCCUCCAAGGCACCAAGACACCCGGGAGAAGGUUUACAUUAACCUCUGCAACAUCUUCCCCCCAGAUCUUGUGAGGAUCGUGAUGAAGAAGAAUCCUCACGUGAUGGACGCUCAGCAGCUCGCUGCAGCUAUCUUAGUGGAAAAAUCUCAGCUGGGUUAUUGAGAGAUGAUGCAUCUUUGUGGUGUCUAGUAGUUUUCAGCUCAGCUCUAAUGCUGAGGGAGGUUUGCUACAAUAGCAUUUGGGAUCUCCUUCUCAGCAAGGAGGUUAUAUAGUAAUCCGUUUAUGUGAAAUACUGUAUCAUGGAGUCUGUAUGUAUAGCCCCAUGCAUCGGAAGUACCAGAUCUGGUUUGUGUUCUAGUUUGAAAAUUUUUAAAUGGCUAUUUUCACAGCUGGAAAAGGUUCCAGUUUAAAUUAAUAUAUAUAUCUAUCUAUCUAUAUAUAUAAAAAAAAAAAUCUGUGGUCUCCGGUUAUAAUCUUUGGUGCAUCAGGGGUUUAUAUGCAGCACUUUCUAUCGUUGUUUUACAUGUUGUUGGGAUUUUUGUUUUCGUUUUUAAACUUGCUGGGUGUUUGUCCUUGGGCUGCCUGGUAUCAAAACAACCUGCAGAAGGAGGAUUUUGCUACUUCUGGCAGGCAAUUUUUCAAGCCAAGUUUUUGAACUUUUUACAACACCACGAGUAUGUUUGUUUGUUUGUUUGUUUGUGAGCUUUUUUUUGCUAUAAUUAUCUAUUUAUAGGAAACAAAGAUUUACUACAGCACUGACUUCAUUUUUUUAAACAAAUAAUUAAGUUACCAGUUAACCGCGAAGUGGGUAACAAUAUAUUGGUAAUUUAUAGUAUGGCACUUUUGAUUGCUUUCUUUGUUUUGUUUAGUUACCUGUUGCGUCGAUGCAGUUGAUUAGUAAGAUCAGACGCAAUCGGAGGGGAAAAAAAAAAAUCUUUAUUUUCUUUUUUUGCUAAUAUAUGGAGAAAGUCAAAGCCUUAUUGCCUGGUUUUCAAAGGUGCUGAGAAUUUGCAGCUCGCUUUGAUGCUGCAAAUGCUGAGAACCUCCCCAAACCAGGCUGCCUUGUUUCGGUUCCUGUGUAUUGUUACCCAGCUCGAUGUAUUUCUGGUCAGUAGAAGGGAGUCUGAAAUCAUAGGAUCCCGUCUAACUGGUUUAUGUGUUUUCUUCUUUGUAUUGCUGCACAAGUGUACUGGAUAUAAUACGCUUUUCAUAAAAUAUCUACCUGGUUUUAAAUGAAUUUAAUUAUCUCAAUGCAAGUUUUAUAUUUAAGAUACUGUUUGAUUUUUCUUGCUAUUUAUCAAGGCUGGCCUGGAAAGGUUUGUGUGUUGAGGAUAUGCAACAUUUAUUAACUGCACUAUGGUAAUGAUAUUGUAGCUCAAAGUAAUAACUUAAACUUUUAUUUUCUUUCUUUUUCAGGUCGGGGGGGAGGGUUAAAGGGGGAAAAGAUACCAUAUGUGUUCCUGAAGUUAGUUUUUGGCCGUUGCAUCCUGUAGGCCUGAUUCUUGCCACAAAUAGUAUAGUUUUAGAAAGAGGCAAACCAAGUCUGGUUUAGUAUUAGUAAGGGAUAUUUCUGGUUUUAAGUCAUGGGUUUUACUAUCACCUCGUAAACUUUUAUAUAUAUAUAUAUAUAUAUAAUAGAAUAGAUUUUUGCAAUUGAUGUCAGAUGUACUUAUGUGACAUAGUCAGUUGCCGACAGUUUUAGAUUUCCAUCCAUUGUAACAAUGUUCAGUGUUAAAAAAAACAUGACUAGUUUACACUAUUACUGCUGAUAUUUUUGUUACACUUGCUGGAAUUUAAAGUAAGGCCCUGAAGAACCAGAAAGUACCUUUUACUGUUGAUACAAAUUGUAUCUUUUUAACUGAGAACUAUUUUGAUUUGUAGAUUUAGUAGAAACACAAACGUAUACCUAUAACUAGUCUUUUGGGCAACAUUUUAUCCCUUAUUUAAAAAAUUAGAGAUUUCAGACGUAGAAUAGGCUUAGGCAAGUAAAA